AUGCGGUGGAUUUAUUUGGCCUGUAGUGAUCAUAAUGUUUUUCCAUUACAUAAAGAGAGUUUCAUGUGUUUACAAUUGUUGUUGGAGACUUCCAAGCUACAAGGACUGACGUGGCACUUGAGGAAAACCAAUUGGAUUGGAGAACCGACCGACGCUUUGGACAACGAGGACGCGACACUGGAGAGUGAAAACAUUAAAAAUGGCGACACUCUUAUUGUUGAAGAGGGACGACUUCCCCCAAAGGGAUUUCUUCGUCUUUCAUUGUGGCAAACAAAAGCGAAAGAACCAAGUUCUGAAGGCGUUCUCACCUGGAUUACAUCGGGUAUACAGGGUCUUCUUGGGUCAUCUUCAAUAGAGACUUCAGAAAAUGUCGACAACUCUGAGGGGCGCGACUCAUGGGAGCCAUUGGAAGAUGUAGAGAUAUCCCAAGAAGCCUCGGUGUAUGAUCUAAAGCUGCAGAUUAGCCUCUUACCUCAGUUAUCAGCUCACGUGAUCCCCACACCUGGAUAUAUCAGACUUCAGGAAGUCGUCGACAAUCAGCUGACAAGAGUUCUUAGAGGAAUUAAUCAAACUUUAAGGCAGCUAAAACUGACCUCCUCUACUCAACUUUCUGUGUGCAUUCUUCAACACGAAGAGGAUUUAAGUCCUUCUGCAGUUCUGUUAAAAUUAAAAAGACGAAUGCCAGAGGAGAGACGUUACUACGACGAACAAGAGGUGAUCUUUGAGCCGUCUGAUGGUGCCUCGCCUGCGUCUUUACGUCAGUUUGUAGCCAAAGUUUGUAAUAUACCUCUUGAUCGACUUCAUGUGGCUAAGUACUUCAGAGCCAAGUACGAGUGGAUGGUUAUUAGAGACACACCUCAAAAGCAGGGUAAACGUAAAGGUGGGAAAAAGAAAAUCAAUUUACGGCAAUCUCCUUUUCAUCUUCAAGACGGGGACGUCCUUGGUGUGAAGGAAUGCCUGUUCGAUGCUGAAGACAGAGAUGAUUUCAGUACACCAGCUGAUGACGAAGGAAAACAGAAACUUCGGAGAGAAGAAGAAGAGAAAAAGCUUAGGAAAAAAGAAAAGCGAGCUCGACGACCAGAGGUCCCACUAAGCAUCCACGUGGACGACUUUAGAUAUCAGAUAUUUAUUCUGGAAGGAUAUGAGAAUUCUUUUAAUAGUACUUGAGGAGGGCGCGGAGAAGUCCAAAAGGCCACGGGCCUAUAAACUGCGCUUAAUAGGGCGGGAAGUCUGGAAACUAAAAGAAAGACAUCAAACAACAGGCAAAGCCUGAUUACAAAUAACCAUAAAGUCCACCGAGUAGCAGCGAAUAUCGCAGCAAGAAAUUUCUUAACGGACAGAGUUUGAAAUAAUAAAAUGUACGCUAAUUUGGAUUAUAAAACAUAAAAAUUAGGAGACUCACUAAGAUUUGAGCACGAGGUCGAGUACAACUACAACUUUUCAAUGCUAGUUUGCAGGCUUCAUUAUCACAUCACAUACCCAUCUCAUCCCAUGAGCUACUCUCUCUAACUAAAUCUAACAUGAAGAGCGAGGGUUCUGGAAACGUCACUGGUGUGAAAUUCAAAAAUCGUACUGAUACUCAAUCUCGUACUCCUGGUUCAAUCUAAAGGUCUCUAUUACUAAUGUAGUGACACAGCACGUGUCUAAUUUAUUAAAACUGUUUUACAACCUUUA